AUGACGGAACAUCGGGAUCCUUACUCGUUCUAUUGGCAGCUUGAUCAGAAACGUCGCCGCUCGGAAUCGCCAAAACGCUAUCCACCCCCAACGGAUUACGUCAUUGAUGAGGAAGAGAAAUGA